AUAUGAUUUGAACGCAAUAUUAACGCAAUUAUUGUAACUAUUAUUUUAAUUUCUAUUUUAUUUAAACACAACGUUAUUAUAGUUAACAAAGUUUUAAACCGAUUUCGGGUUUAAUUGUGUUUUUUAUAGUAAUGUUUGUAAGGAUUGUAUAUAUUUUGAAUGAAUUGAAACAAAUAUAAUAUAAAGUGAUAUAAAGUGUGCAUCGAUUGAAAGCAAUGCCACGUGUUUUCAAUUGUUUACAAUUAUUACACUAUUUAAUGAAGAUUUGAUUCAAAUCGACAGCCAUUUAGUCAAAUCAUAUGUCCAUUCAUUGGUUUAUCACUCAUUCGAUUCAUAUAAAAGAUAUCAUAAUCUGAAAGGAUGUCAUCAAAUGGUGUGACAGAUGUCGGCUCUGAGAACAGUGAAAAGAAUAACACGAAGACUAAGACAAAUACAAUGAAGGAAUCGAAAGGAGAGACGGUUUCGUCUGAGAAGAAGGAACCGAUUGAUGGAAAUGAGGGCAAUGGAGGCGAAGACACGGAACAGAAGGACAAGAAGAAAAAGAAGAAGAAACCCGCGAAGAAGGAGGAGAAGAAGGACACGAAAGACACUAAAAAAGGCGGGCCUUCGAAGAAGAUGUUGUCUUUGAUGAAAGAGAAUCUUCAGAAACUGAAUGAAGAGGAAGAGAAGUUCAAACGAGAAGAAGAGGAACGCAUCGAACGAGAGGAAGAGGCGGAGAGACAACGACUCGAAAGGUUACGCAUAGAACAGGAAAAGAAGGACAGAAAGAAACAGAAGGAUAAGGAACGGAAGGAACGGCUCAAAAAAGAGGGAAAACUAUUGAAUGCCAAACAAAAAGCAGACAAACAAAGAGCUCAGGCGAGUCUCGCCGCUGCCAUUAGAGACGGACAGAUAGUCGUCGGCAGACAAAAGCCUAAGAGUGAGAAAAAAGUGAAAUCAGGGGAUAAAUCAUCGGUUAAACCAUUGGAAUCGCAGGGCUCUGAAGAACAGACCGACUCUUUGCCUAAAGAAGACGAAGAAUCAGACGAGGAAUCGGAAGCGUCUGAUUUGGAUGUGAAGGACGAUUGGGAAGAGUUAAGUGAAGGAGACUUAGGAGAAGAUAAAGAGGAGGUAAAGACGCCAAAGAAAGAGAAAGAAGUGGUGAAACGUUCGGAGAGUAUAACGAAACCAAUUAAAGAGUUGACAAUAAAAGACGAAAAGUUAGAGAAGUUUUCGGACGGCGAACCGCCUAAACGUCAGUUCCGUUCGCCAGUGGUGUGUGUUUUAGGACAUGUGGACACCGGGAAGACUAAACUCUUGGAUUACAUCCGCAAAUCACACGUUCAGGACGGAGAGGCCGGCGGUAUUACACAACAAAUUGGCGCCACAUUUGUUCCGCCGUCUGCUAUCGAAGAGCAGACCAAAGGAGUGAAAGCAACGCAGAAGAAGGAUCUCUUACUUCCGGGUCUUCUGAUAAUCGACACUCCGGGACACGAGUCGUUCUCCAAUCUACGAUCUCGUGGCAGUUCUUUGUGUGACAUCGCUAUACUUGUCAUCGAUAUUAUGCAUGGAUUAGAACCGCAAACAAUAGAAUCGAUUGAAUUAUUAAAGGCUCGAAAAACUCCAUUUAUUGUGGCGUUGAAUAAAAUCGAUAGACUUUACGAAUGGAGAAGUAAUCCACGGAAAGACGUCGAGGAUGUGAUCGGCUCUCAGGUGCAGAACACAAAACUUGAAUUUACUAAACGUGUCAAAGAAGUGAUUGUAGAGUUAGCCCAACAGUCUAUAAACGCUGCGCUUUAUUACGAAAACUAUGAUUUCCGGUCUUACGUGUCAUUAGUGCCGACCUCUGCCUCUAGUGGUGAUGGUAUGGGAAAUCUGAUCGCUCUUCUCAUAUCACUUACACAGUCAAUGAUGGCAAAGAAGGUUGCCUUCGAUCCCAUCAAUUUAGACGCCACUGUACUCGAAGUGAAGGCAAUUCCUGGUUUGGGAACAACUAUUGAUGUGAUUCUAGUGAACGGAAAGCUAAGAGAAGGCGAUAAGAUAGUGUUGGCCGGACAUGAGGGCCCUUUCGUCACACAUAUCCGAUCUAUUUUAAUGCCGCAACCGCUGAAAGAACUGCGAAUUAAGUCCCCGUAUCAGGAAUUGAAGAUAGUCUACGGCUCGAUGGGAGUGAAGAUUGCGGGCCAUGACUUGGAUAAGGCUAUCGCGGGUUUGCAGUUAUUGGUGGCGGAGAACGAGACCCAAAUAGAAGAGCACAAGAACUAUAUUUGGAGUCAAUUCGGGAAAGCGAUGAAAGCCAUAAAGUGUUCGGACAAAGGAGUGUACGUUCAGGCGAGCACUUUGGGCUCUUUGGAAGCGUUGCUCGAGUUUCUUAAGACGUCCAAAAUUCCUUACUGUGGAGUCCGUAUCGGACCAGUUGUCAAACGAGACGUAAUGAAGGCGUCAAUAAUGUUGGAGUCAUCGCCUGAUCACGCGGUCAUCUUAGCGUUUGAUGUCCGCAUCGAAAGGGAUGCUCAGGAAUUGGCCGAUCAUUUAGGAGUGAAGAUAUUCAGUGCGGAAAUCAUUUACCAUUUGUUCGAUCGCUUCACCGCUUAUAAGGAAGAGUUGCGGAAACAAAGACGCGAUCAGAACAAGAAUUUGGCGGUAUUUCCCUGUAAACUACGGAUUCUUCCCAACUGUGUGUUCAAUACUCGCGACCCAAUAGUGGUCGGAGUGUCCAUCGAAGACGGCUUAAUAAUCCCGGGAACACCACUGGCUGUGCCCUCGAAGGCAAACAUCGAAAUCGGAAGAAUAACAACCAUUGAAAUCAAUCACAAAGCGGUGGAAAUCGCUCGCAAAGGACAGGAGGUGUGCAUCAAAAUCGAGAACUUUGGCGGCGAUGCGCCUAAACUGUACGGAAGACAUUUCGAUCACACGGAUCUCCUUAUGUCGCGACUCACCCGUGAAUCCAUUGAUGUCGUCAAAGAGUACUUCCGGGACGACCUCCAGAAGAGCGACUGGCAGUUAAUGAUUGAACUCAAGAAGAUUUUCGAAAUAAUCUGAUUUCCAUUCUCUUGUUCUGUAAUUUAAUAUUCAAAUUAAAUUUAUUUACUUCUGUUCUUAAA